GGGACCCUGUCCCAAGUGGGGAUUAGACACACGUGAGGUUGGACAGGCAAUGGCACACAGGGAGACGAACCAGGUGCCCAAGACACAGGCAUCCCUUCACACACAGGGACCCUGCAUUGUGUCUGGUAAACACACCCCACCUUUGUGGGGUGAAGACUGAGCACAGGGAGAGGGCCGUGGGCGGUGGGCAGGCUUCAGCAGCGUGGCUUUGAUGGGACGGCCCACGCUGGCUGGGACUGAGGCCUGUGCCCUAAACCAAAAGGAGGCUGUGCCCCUGGAGUUUCUGGAAGGCUCUAUUUGCAGCCCCUCUACCCCACAGUGAGAGAGAGAGAGUGGCAGUGGGGUUGGGGAGAGGUGUCAGGGCUCCCUGGGGAGAACUGCCAGGCAGUGAGCCCACACGUGGGCAGGGACAGCGGGAAUAUCUAGAGGGAGCUCUGGCCACCUUCCCCCACCUCCUGAAGUGAGCUGAGUCUCUCAGAGCCUGACCCCACAGCCUGCAGCCUCAGUCCUACUUCCUCCUAGUUGGCUGGAGGUCCCCUCUGGGACCAGGGGGAGCCCAACACCCCAGGGUGAGGGCUCAGGGGCUCAUCUAGUACCCCAGAGGAGGAAAUCCCAGUAUGUUCCACGCCUCACCCCUUAGCCCAGUCCAGGCUUCCAUCCCCUGCUCUCUGUGGCCACAAGUACCCAGGCAGUGAGGCCUGGGAGACUUAGCCAUAGCUCUGGGGACGGCACUGCCCCCAGACAGCUUGGCCGGUAUUUGCUGACUGACUAAGUGAAUGCCCAGCUGGCUGAGCACUCCUGGUGGGGUGUGUCCUGCCAGGCAGGAGCUGGGAUUGAGUUACAGUGGCUGGGGCCAGUAGUGGGGAGCCAGAGACCGGCACCGUGCCAGGCCCAGCACUGCCCACAAGCAGGGUGAAGGUGCGGAAGCAGUUUCCAGCAGGCCAGCAACUGUGGCAACAGUUCUUGGGGCAGUUAGGGUGCACGGACGACUCCCUACUCCAUUCAUUUUCACUCAGUGCAGUCACGGGCAGCACACGACACAUUCCACAACUUGCUGAGUACCUGCUGGGGGCCAGGCAGCUGGGAUCCCACGGUAAAGAAGAGGACAAACCCCUGCCUUCAGGAACCUUCUGCUCUGGUUUCUGAAGGAGUGGUGCAGGGAAGCCUCGGGCACUUGAGUGUGAAGUGCCAAGACGUCGACAGAAGUGAGGGUCCCUUCCUUCCUCAGAGCCUGUUUAUACAGAGUUCAGCUCUGUUUCAAGAGGACGAAACCCUUGCCUUCAGGAACCUUCUGCUCUGGUGAGGGAAGCCGCAGCCAGCAACCAUCCUAUGGUUCCAUAGGGUGUUCACUUGAGCUCAGAAGGUGGAGCUUGCAGGGAACUGUUGGAACCACUGCACUGCAGGUGGCCAGGCGCAGGUCUCCAGCCUGGGAACUCGGCUCUUGUCCCUCCUGCUUCUUCCUGCCUGGCCUAGGAUGGACAUCAGCAAGGGCCUUCCAGCCAUCCAGAGCCACAGGGACCUCCACAUAUGGAUCACUGAGAACCAGAAGAUGGUUCCGGUACCCGAGGGGGCUUACGGGAACUUUUUUGAGGAGCACUGCUAUGUCGUCCUCCACGUCCCCCAGAGCCCGACGGCCACACAGGGGGCGUCCAGCGACCUGCACUACUGGGUCGGGAAGGAGGCGGGUGCGGAGGCGCAGGGCGCCGCGGCCACCUUCGUGCAGCGCCUGCAGGAGGAGCGGGGGGCCCUGACCGUGCUGCACCGGGAGGCGCAGGCCCACGAGUCCGACUGCUUCCGCAGCUACUUCCGCCCGGGAAUCAUCUAUAGGAAGGGAGGUCUGCCGUCUGACCUCAAGCAUGUGGAGACCAACAUGUUCAACAUCCAGCGACUGCUGCACAUCAGAGGGAGGAAACACGUAUCUGCCACUGAGGUGGAGCUCUCCUGGAACAGCUUUAAUAAGGGUGACAUCUUCCUGCUGGACCUAGGCAAGAUGAUGAUCCAGUGGAAUGGGCCCAAGACCAGCAUUUCUGAGAAGGCUCGGGGGCUGGCCUUGACCUACAGCCUCCGGGACAGGGAACGUGGUGGUCGUGCACAGAUUGGCGUGGUGGAUGAUGAGGUCAAAGCCCCGGACCUCAUGCAGAUCAUGGAGUCUGUGCUGGGCCGCAGGGUGGGCAGCCUGCAUGCCGCCACGCCCAACAAAGAUAUCAGCCAGCUGCAGAAGGCCAAUAUUCGCCUGUACCAUGUCUAUGAGAAGGGCAAAGACCUGGUGGUCCUGGAGUUGGCGACACCCCCACUGACCCAGGAUCUGCUGCAGGAGGAGGACUUCUACAUCCUGGACCAGGGAGGCUUCAAGAUCUACGUGUGGCAGGGACGCAUGUCUAGCCUCCAGGAGAGAAAGGCUGCCUUCAGCCGGGCUGCGGGUUUCAUCCAGGCCAAGGGCUACCCGACCUACACCAACGUGGAGGUGGUGAAUGACGGCGCCGAGUCGGCCGCGUUCAAGCAGCUCUUCCAGAUUUGGUCUGAGAAGCGAAGCAGGAACCGGCAGCUCGGCAGGGUCGAUAAACCGACUCAUGUAAAGCGGGACGUGGUCAAGCUGCACAGCCAGCCUGAGUUAGCCGCCCAGCUCAGGAUGGUGGACGAUGGCUCCGGGAAGGUGGAGGUGUGGUGCAUGCAGGACUUACGCAGGCAGCCCGUGGACCCCAAGCUUCACGGAAAGUUGUGUGCAGGCAACUGCUACCUAGUGCUCUACACAUACCAGAGGCUGGGCCGUGGCCAGUACAUCCUGUACCUAUGGCAGGGCCACCAGGCCACCGCAGACGAGAUCAAGGCCCUGAACAGCAACGCUGAGGAGCUAGACGCCAUGUACCGCGGCGCCCUAGUGCAGGAGCAUGUGACCAUGGGGAGUGAGCCUCCCCACUUCCUCGCCAUCUUCCAGGGCCAGCUGGUGGUCUUCCAGGAGAGAGCUGGGCACCAUGGAAGGGAGCAGUCAGCACCCACCACGAGGCUUUUCCACGUGCAAGGCAGCGACAGCUACAGCACCAAGACUGUGGAGGUGCCAGCUCGUGCGUCCUCCCUCAAUUCCAAUGACAUCUUCUUGCUGGUCACAGCCGGCGUCUGCUAUCUCUGGUUUGGGAAGGGCUGUAAUGGUGAUCAGCGUGAGAUGGCGCGGGUGGCAGUCACUGUCAUUUCCAAGAAGAACGAGGAAACGGUGCUGGAGGGUCAGGAGCCUCCCCAUUUCUGGGAGGCCCUGGGAGGCCGGGCCCCCUACCCCAGCAACAAGAGACUCCCUGAGGAGGUCCCCAGCAUCCAGCCACGACUGUUUGAGUGCUCCAGCCAGAUGGGCUGCCUGGUCCUCGCAGAAGUGGUGUUCUUUAGCCAGGAGGACCUUGGCCCGUAUGACGUCAUGUUACUGGACACCUGGCAGGAGAUCUUCCUAUGGCUUGGGGGAGCUACAGGUGCAUGGAAGGAGGCGGUGGCCUGGGGCCAGGAGUACCUGAAGGCACACCCAGCAGGGAGGAGCCUGGCCACACCCAUUGUGCUGGUCAAGCAGGGCCACGAGCCUCCCACCUUCACUGGCUGGUUCUUCACUUGGGACCCCUACAAGUGGACUCCCGACCUGUCCCACAAGGAAGUGGUGGAGGGCAGCCCGGGAACAGCAUUGCCCAUCUCUGAGAUAAGAGCAGAAGUCAACAGCUUCCGGCUAUCCAGAUGGCCAGGCAAUGGCAGGGCAGGUGCCAUGUCCCUGCAGGCCCUCAAGGGCUCCCAGGACAGCUCAGGGAAUGAGCUGAUGCGGGGCCCCAAGUUGGGUGGCACUAGCAGCUUCCUCAGCAGUACCAGCACCUCGAUCAACGGGGCCCUGCCCCGGGAGCAACUGAUGCACCAGGCCGCUGAGGACCUGCCAGAGGGCGUGGACCCGGCCCGCAGGGAGUUCUAUCUCUCAGACUCCGACUUCCAAGAUAUCUUUGGGAAAUCCAAGGAGGAAUUCUACAGCAUGGCCACAUGGAGACAGCGGCAGGAGAAAAAGCAGCUGGGUUUCUUCUGAAACCAGGCCCCCCACCCCAACAUAGCUAUGAUGCUGGGGCCGUCCUGCUCCCACGCCCCUGAGGCUUCUGCUCAUCCUCUGCUUGUCAGUAAAAGCGAGCCAUCCAUA